AUGAGAAGCUGGAACCAAACAGUGCUGCUGGACUUCAUCCUUAUGGGGCUGACAGAUUCUGCAGAGAUGCAGCUGGCAUUAACUCUGCUGUUUCUUCUGACUUACUUGAUUUCUGUAUUGGGAAACCUAGGCAUGAUCAUGAUCAUUUAUCUGGAUCAUCAGCUUCACACACCUAUGUAUUUUUUUCUUGCUCACCUCUCAUUCAUUGACCUCAGUUUCUCAAGUGUCAUCACACCUAAAACCUUAGUGAACUUACUGACUUCUACCAAAAGUAUUUCAUUCCUGGGCUGUUUCACACAGAUGUACCUUUGUAUCUUUUUUGCUAGUUCUGAAAUUUGUCUCCUCUCUGCAAUGGCCUAUGAUCGCUAUGUGGCUAUCUACAAUCCUCUACAGUACCCUGUUAUAAUGUCCUCAAGACUCUGCUGUGUCCUGGUUAUUGGCACUUAUAUGAUUGGCUUUGUGGAUUGUUCUUUCCUUGUGUUUUCUAUAGCUAGGUUGUCUUUCUGCAAUUCCAAUGUAAUUCAUCACUUUUUUUGUGAUAUAUUUCCAGUUUUAGCUCUAUCCUGCCAUGAUACAUUUGCCAAUGAAAUUCUAGUAUAUAUUUGUGGUUGUUCUACACUGUUAUUGUCCCUGAUCCCAGUGUUCUGGUCCUAUGUGUCCAUUCUCUCUACUAUUCUGAAAAUUAAGUCUACUUCAGGAAAGCAGAAAGCCUUCUCCACCUGUGCCUCUCACUUGCUGGGAGUUACCCUCUUUUAUGGGACAACAAUCUUUACUUAUUUAAAACCCAAGAAGUCCUACACCCUGGGCAAGGAUCAAGUGGCAUCCGUGUUUUACACGAUUGUGAUCCCCAUGCUCAAUCCACUCAUUUAUAGUCUUAGAAACAAGGAAGUGAAGAAUGCUUUCUUUCGAGUCGUGAAGAAGACUGGGGGAUUCUGGCAACUAACAUAA